AUGGGAACAAUGGCAGAAUUGGGAACCAUGGGAAAGUUUGGAGCCAUGGCAGAAGAGCAGCAAGUUAACCAGAUAGUCUUGUAUAAACAAUCAGCAGAAGAAUGGCUGUUGCACGUCCAUUCCCUCAUACCAACCGUCCUCACCAAAGCGAAAACGGUUCAGAAUUUCGCAGGACGAUGGAAGACGAUAAUCUCAAAGAUCAAUCAGAUUCCAGGUUGUUUAUCUGACCUCUCAAGCCACCCUUGUUUCUCCAAGAACAAGCUCUGCAACGAGCAGUUGCAAUCUGUGGCUAAGACACUAAACGAGGUGAUAGAGCUUGCCGAGUUGUGUUCAACGGAAAAGUUCGAAGGAAAGCUGCGUAUGCAGAGCAAUCUCGACGCAUUAUCUGGAAAAUUGGAUUUGAAUCUAAGAGACUGUAUGGUUUUGAUCAAGACCGGGGUUCUCGGUGAAGCUACAUUACCUCUAUACAUCUCAAGCUCAUCAGAAACACCCAAGAUAUCUGGUUUAAAAGAACUUCUAGCUAGGCUUCAAAUCGGUCACUUGGAAUCAAAACAAAAUGCUCUCGAAAACCUCCUUCGUGCAAUGCAAGAAGAUGAGAAGAUGGUUAUGCCUUUGAUUGGGCGAGCCAACGUAGCAGCUUUGGUUCAAUUGUUAACAGUAACUUCGACAAGAAUCAGAGAGAAAGCGGUGAAUCUAAUCAGUGUAUUAGCGGAAUCAGGACACUGCGACGAAUGGCUCAUCUCCGAAGGCGUAUUGCCUCCUCUAGUGAGGCUAAUCGAAUCAGGAAGUCUUGAAACCAAAGAAAAAGCUGCAAUUGCGAUCCAGAGACUGUCGAUAACAGAGGAAAACCCACGGGAAAUCGCAGGACACGGCGGAAUCACACCGCUUAUCGAUCUCUGUAAAACAGGGGACUCGGUGUCACAAGCUGCAUCUGCAGCUGCUCUGAAGAACAUUUCAGCAGUUUCAGAGCUAAGACAGUUACUUGCGGAAGAAGGAAUGGUUAGAGUUGCAAUCGAUCUUCUAAACCAUGGGAUAUUGUUAGGAUCUAGAGAACACAUGGCCGAGUGUUUGCAGAAUCUCACUGCAUCGAGCGAAGCUCUACGCGAAGCCAUUGUUUCAGAAGGAGGAGUUCCGAGUCUCUUGGCUUAUCUCGACGGUCCGUUGCCGCAAGAACCGGCGGUGACGGCGCUGAGAAAUCUAAUCCCUUCGGUGAAUUCAGAGACAUGGGUCGCUCUCAAUUUGCUUCCACGAUUAGCCCAUGUUCUCAAGUCAGGAUCUUUAGGCGCGCAACAAGCAGCAGCAUCGGCGAUUUGCCGUUUCGCUUGCUCGCCGGAGACGAAGAGGGUAGUGGGAGAAUCCGGGUGCGUUCCGAUGAUCGUGAAGCUUCUGGAAUCGAAAUCAAACGGAUGUAGAGAAGCGGCGGCUCAGGCGAUCGCCGGAUUGGUGACGGAAGCAAAAAUCCGUCGGGAAUUGAGAAAAGACGGGAAGAGCGUGACGAAUCUGGUGAUGUUGCUGGAUUCGAACCCUGGGAACACGGCGAAGAAGUACGCCGUGGCGGGGCUUUUGGGGUUGUCGGGGAGCGAGAAGAGUAAGAAAGUGAUGGUUUCGUACGGAGCAAUUGGGUAUCUGAAAAAGCUGUCGGAAAUGGAAGUAAUCGGCGCCGAUAAGCUACUGGAGAAGCUUGAAAGAAGGAAACUGAGAAGCUUCUUUCGACGGUGA